UAUAAAACGUACCUGGAGGGCCGGGUUCUGGUUUAGUUUCAAGCCAUAAUUUGACGAAGAAGUUCUGAGUUUGUUCUGUGUUUGCCAAAAUUCAUCAAUUUGUGCCAGUGAGUGAGAGUGAUCUCCAGAAUUGUGAAUCAAAAUGACUACAGACUUUAGUCGUCACCAUCAGUACUACUACUAUUCGGCACCCGAAGCGGCGAACGUGAACGUUAAAAUGGAACAAAUCGAGCAUCACAUCAACAGCGACGAUUACUACGGAAAUUUCCCGGCACUAAGUGGCCAAGGAUUGAACCUAUCGAACAUGAUGAUGCUUCCGAGCUAUGAGUCCCAGCUAACUAAUUACCCGGAAUCCUGGAUGACACCUUCUCCGUCCAGUUUCGGUUCGGAAAGUCCUGACUACUACUCAAUGAAUUCUCCGGCCUUUAUCGACGUCGAAGAGUGUAAAGAAAAUCUACUCAAGCAGGCCUCCCAGUUGCCCCUCUCGCCACCGAACCUGUUAUCCGCAUCCGUUCCAGCAAUCUCCACCCCCACGGCUCUUCCCGUCAAAAAACGCCAAUACCGGCGACAGCCCAAAAUCAAACAGGAACCAAUCACCGUGAAAACUCAUCAACCACCCACUACGGAGCUCUCCUGCAGCGCUGCGCUGAUGUUUUCGAGUGACCCCACGGUUACCGCCGCCACCGCAACGACCGGAAAGAGGAAACGCAAGCCGGUGGCACCGCAGAUUAAGAAGAAGCGCCGCCUCGCCGCGAAUGCACGCGAACGCAAGCGGAUGCAGAGCCUGAACGACGCCUUCGAUCGGCUUCGGCAGUGGUUACCCAGCUUGGGCAACGAUCGGCAACUGUCGAAGCACGAAACGCUCCAGAUGGCGCAGCAGUACAUCACGGCCCUGUACGAGCUGCUGCAGUAGUGAUGGACCGCGCUGCUCGCGCACGGUGCUUUGCAGAAGACGAGUGGUUCUUAGUCAGUAGUUGCUUCUCCCCAAAGUGUACAUUUUGUUUCUAUGAGACAGUUAAAGUGACAAAAAGUUUUAAGAGGCUUAUUAGGUAAAGUUGUUUUACGAGCGAUGGAACUCGUAUCUGAUGGGUUAGAUUCCGAAAUCGCUUCGUUAAUUCCAGUGCCAGUGUUGAGUUGUAUGUACUAUGAUGUAGAUAUUUACGUUAGGUUUGGUAAGGUUACUUUUUGGAACUGAUUGUAUUAUAGCUUAGAGGUUAAGUUUGAACAAGAAGUUUAAAUUAUUUUAUCGACAAUGAAAAAUGUACAGGCUGCGAUUUUUGU